AUGCCCAAGGCCACAUCUAGCUUCUCAAAUGCUUCUCAAGAGUUGCAAAUGUUUCCUGUGACUGAAUAUUUGGUUUCACCUUCAACUGAAGCAAGUUCUGGCUCAGUUUCAGUUUCUCACUCUCCAAGUUCUCUCCUCUUCUAUCUCUCACUCCUCAAAGACAAGCUUAGUCAGCUCCAGAACAUGGUUGGUGUUCUUAUGACCCCUGAACACAACCUACCCGAGUCAACUUCUCUGGCCAUAUCCACCAUGAACUCCACAAUCCAAGAAAUCAUAGUGGCUGCAAGUUCAAUGGGGUUCAUUUGUCAACAAAUGGCUCUUGGCUCCACUACUCCAGGUACUACUACUAGUACUAACGAAUUGCACCUGCAGCAACAAAUUGAUCAUGAUAGGUUACCUCAUCAUCACUCAAACUUUGACAAUAAUAAGGGUGUACUUAGUAACAUUAACAUAGGUUCUGAUAUUACUAUUAAAGGGCAAGGUUUCUUUUCCAAUACUGAGGCUGAGGCACUAGCUUGGUUUGCUGAAAGUUACAAUAAUAAUAACAGUAGUGGUAACUGUAAUCUUAGAGAUGAUGAAGCCAACAUUAAUAGUAGAGGAGAAUUAAUGUCUCGUGGGGAUGAAAAUGAUAUAAUUGAAUUGGAUGCUGCGGAUUUGUUAGCAAAAUACACACAUUUUUGCCAAGUUUGUGGCAAAGGAUUUAAGCGUGAUGCCAAUUUGAGGAUGCACAUGAGAGCACAUGGGGAUGAGUACAAAACUAGUGCAGCCUUGAGCAACCCAAUGAAAAACAAAAGGAGCUUAUUGGGUGAGAGCACUGGUACAAAGAAAUAUUCAUGCCCUCAUGAAGGGUGUAGGUGGAACCAAAAGCAUGCAAGGUUCCAACCCUUGAAGUCUAUGGUUUGUAUGAAAAACCACUACAAGAGAAGCCAUUGCCCCAAAAUGUAUGUUUGCAAGAGGUGCAACCAGAAACAGUUCUCGGUGCUAUCUGAUUUGAGGACACAUGAGAAGCACUGUGGGGACCCCAAGUGGCAGUGCUCGUGUGGCACUACGUUUUCUAGGAAAGACAAGCUUAUGGGUCAUGUUGCUUUGUUCGUGGGACACACACCAGCUAUUUCAGGGAAAUCAGAACAACAGCAUAUUGCUGGUAGUUCAAAAUGA